UGCGAGGAAUACUGUGUCGUGGAGCGCCAUGGUGAAUGCCUACGUGCAGGCUGGGGAUGGGAGGGAGGCACUGGGAUUGUUCACACGAAUGCAGGCUGAAGGUGUCUCCCCGGAUGACACUGUCCUCGUGGGUGUGCUCGCCGCGUGUGCUCAGCUUGGGGUGCUGGAGCAGGGCAAAUGGGUACACGGUUACCUGAAGGCCAAUAACAAAAGGAUCUCCGUGUUUUUGGGCACUGCAUUAGUGGACAUGUAUGCCAAAUGUGGUGAGCUGCAGCUUGGCAUGGAGGUUUUCAAGGGGAUGAAGGAAAAGAAUGUGCUGGCUUGGACUACUAUGAUAAAAGGACUGGCGAUGCACGGUCGAGGAUCAGAGGCAUUGAUGUUAUUCGCCCAGAUGGAGAGCUUAGGUGUCAAGCCAGAUGACAUUGCCUUCAUUGGUGCAUUGUGCGCAUGCACACACACCGGGUUGGUUGACAAGGGUCGGGAGCUUUUCAAUUCUAUGGUGAGGAAGUAUGGUAUCAGACCAAAGAUCGAGCAUUAUGGAUGCAUGGUGGACCUUUUGGCACGAAAUGGCUUGCUUAACGAAGCCAGAGAGAUGGUUGAGAAAAUGCCCAUGAAACCUGAUGCCUUGAUCUGGGGAGCUUUGAUGGCUGGCUGUAGGUUUCACAAGAGCGUGGAGUUGGCUGAGUAUGUUGUCAAGCAUUGGAUCGAACUGGAGCCUGAUAAAAGUGGUGCUUAUGUACUUCUGAGUAACAUAUAUGCUGCUUCCGGUAGGCAUGCUUCUGCAAGGGAAAUUAGGCACCUAAUGCGUGAGAAGGGAGUUGAGAAGACACCAGGAUGCAGCACUGUAGAGAUUAGAGGAGUUAUUCACCAAUUUAUUGUUGGAGAUCUGUCCCAUCCUUUGAUAGAAGAGAUUUUGGCAAAAUGGGAUGAGAUUGAUAGUAGGAUAAGGUUGGAGGAAGGUUAUGUCCCUGACAAGAAGGAAGUUUUGCUUGAUAUUGAAGAAGAGGAAAAGGAAGAUGCACUCAGCCGCCAUAGCGAGAAGAUGGCAAUUGCAUUUGCUUUUAUUAACACAAGUGAUGAUAUGCCCAUUCGGAUAGUCAAGAAUCUCAGAGUUUGUCAUGAUUGCCAUCAUGUCACCAAACUUAUAUCUAAAGUAUAUGGUAGAGAAAUAAUUGUUAGAGAUCGAACACGUUUCCAUUUGUUCAAAGAUGGCAGUUGUUCGUGCAAGGACUAUUGGUAGUAAUUAACAAAUCUGUAGAAUAGCAUCAGUACUUGAUUUCGUGAGGUGUUUCAGUCAUCAAAUAAAAAAAAUAUCUUUCAUCUUGAAGUACACAUCAGGCUUCAUGAAUGAAGGAUGUCCGGGUGAUUAAGGGAUAAAAUUCCCUGCUAAUUCUUAUCUGCAUAUGUAGUCAUGCUGCCACUAAGCUAAUUUCCAUGGAUAUUAUUGAUUUGAUGGUUCCAGAAACAAUAAUAUAAAUCUGCACUAGUUGCAUG